AUGGUUACAACAACGACGACUGCAACAACAACAACAGCAACAAACAAUAUUGAAGGAUUACCAUCAAACGAUGUCGAUCUAUUCAACAUUGACUAUAGUGAUCUUUUGAUUCUAGAAGAUCAAACAGAGGUUGGAAGAGGUUCAUUUGGCAAGGUAUUAAAAGCAUCUUAUUUCGGUACUACCGUUGCUGUAAAGGUAUUACACUCUCUAGUCACUUCUGAUCCUGAUUAUAAUAAAUUUAUGCAACGUGAAAUAAGAAUAUUAAAGGGAAUGAGACAUCCAAAUAUUGUAAUGUACAUUGGAGGAUGUAUACAUCAAGACAGACAUAUGAUUGUAACAGAGUACAUUGGUGGAGGUGAUUUGCAUCAAGUUUUAAAGACACGACCACAAGAUUUGACAUGGCAAACAAAAAUAAAGAUUGCUCUAGAUAUUGCAUCGGCAUUCUCUUAUCUACACUCCAAACAGAUCAUCUUUAGAGACCUCAAAGCCAAGAAUAUUUUGAUAGAAGAGGCUGGUGGCUCAAUCAUACGUGCAAAGAUUUGUGAUUUUGGUUUUGCUCGUCACCUCGAGACUAAACAAAGUCGUAAUCUCACCCUAUGUGGAACUGAAAUAACAAUGGCUCCUGAAGUUAUUGUAGGUGAUACUUAUGAUGAAACUUGUGAUAUUUAUAGUUAUGGUAUAUUAUUAUAUGAAUUAAUUUGUGGAACUAGAACAGUAAAGAAUGAACUAAAGAGAACACCUGAAAAGUCAUUUGAUUUGGAUUUGGAUUUAGCUGAUUCCUAUGCUUCUUCGACAUGUCCAAAAGCAUUACUUGAAUUGGCUAGAAUCUGUUGUUCAUAUGAUCCCAAAAAGAGACCAAACUUUAAAACAAUUACAAUGGGUCUAACGGAUUUGUCAUCAAAACCAUUGGCUUCACUCCCUGUCAAAGGUGGACAAUCACCAAGAACUAGCAACAACAAUAACAACAACAAGAGUUUAAAUAAUAUUAAAUUUGAAAACACAGAUUCUGUAAUAUAUAAUGGACCAAGUGGAACUAUCAAUUCAAUGACAAAUAUUGGUGGCGAUGGACAAGGGACUGUACAAUACAACUCUGUCAUUAUUAAUCACGAUGUUGAAACUAAAAAGUUCCCACAAGAGGCACUUGUUGAUUAUGGUGGCAAGAGAAACAAGAUUAUGAAUCCAUCAUUCUUUUCACCACCAUCCUCCUCAACAACAACCUCUACUUCUUCAUCUACCACUAACACCUCCACAACAACAACAACCUCUACUGACUCUUCUUCUAAUGAAUCGACAACAUCUGUUGUUGUUCAGCCACCAAACAACACGACCAUACCAAACAACAAACAGGAAAAAAAAUUGUUAUUUGCCGACGAUUGUUCGACUGAAAGUGGAUCACCCCCAUCAACCCUGUUUACAUCGAUGACCAUUAGCGAAAUCAGAUACCGUGAGCCAUCUGUUUUUGAAAAUCCAGAUGAUAUCAUCCAAAUGAAAAGAAGAUUCUUGUCAUCACCAAAUCUUCCUAGUCUUGGACAACAAGAUACUACACAGACUUCUACCGACAGCUCGACUGCUACAAGUGGUCUAGCAAACAGUUGGCAUCCAACUACUGGUAACUCAACACCAAAUAAUAAUAAUAUUAAUAAUGGAAAGAAAAAAAAAGGGAGGAAACAGAAAAAAAAAAGGGGGCAAUAG